CUUGGCCGGUGCAGGCGCAAAAGGCGCCGCGGCAGCCGCAGCGGCGCGCAUGUACGCACGUUUGAUCAAGGUGCAGUGAACUACAACGAACAGCGACGAACGGUGACGCUGCGAGGACGCGUGGGACCACACCAACUAUGAGCCGCCGCCCCCACCCCAGCCAGCGCUUCAUGGCGCACGCCCAGGACGCGUCGCGCAAUGACGUGCUGCAGACGGAGACGAGUAAGAGUUUGAGACAGGUGCUGCGGGCCGCUCGAGCGACGGGCGCCCUCGCGCUGGCAGGUAGACGGUUGCGAGAACUACCGGUGGAAAGCUACGCCCCGACGCCGGACGAUUUGGACGAGGGCGAGAAGUUCUGGGAGAUCGUCGAGUUGAAAUCCUUCGAUUGUUCCCACAAUAAGUUAGAUGAACUGCCUUCGGAUUGGCGCGCAAUUUCGACGCUGCGACAAUUACGAGUGGCAAGGAACUCUUUAAGUAUGCUGCCGGAGGCCCUGCUGUCGGACCUGCCUGCCUUGGAAUUGCUCGACGCGGGCGACAACCGGCUGCGGAGUUUACCUCCUGUACCCGCGGCGGGUUGUGCGCUCAAGACGUUGUUGGCACCUAGAAACGCGCUAGAAAAGCUAGAAAGGUGGAAUAUUUGUGAGUGUUUGACGCUCGAAACCCUGUCGCUAUCUGAUAAUGAGCUGAUUAAAGUCCUGCCGUCACUGCCGAAGCCGUUGCGAGCUUUAGAUGUUGAAAAUUGUAGUUUACAACACCUCCAGCCCACCCAGUUCCUCGAGACGCUCGCGGCCGCUAGGAACAAGCUGAAGGGCGUGGACGUGGGCGGCCUGCAAAAACUGAAAUAUUUGGACCUGCGCCAGAACGAGUUGCAAGGCUCUUUACAACUCCCGUCCUUACCCGCGCUGGCCGAGUUAUUCAUAGGACACAACCAGCUGCAGCACUUCGACUUGAAGCCGUCGCCAUUAAUAGCGACGAUCGACGUCUCUUCCAACAGUCUACAAAAGCUCCCCGAGAGUCUGGGCCGAUGUAUCAAUCUCAGAGCCCUCGACGCGUCGAACAACGACCUCGCGGAGUUGCCCUGUUCCCUCGGCACCUUACCGAAGCUGCAAAGGAUCGCGCUGGACGGCAAUCCGUUGCGAAGCGUGCGGCGCGACGUGAUAGAACGCGGCUGCGAGGCCAUCAAGGCGUUUUUACGGACUAGGGCAGCGACGCCGGCCGAGAAGACCAGUGACGAUGACUUCGACCCCCUCGCGCUGGCGAAUAGGGUGCGGGACCCCGUAUGCGUGCGGCGUCUUUUUUUUACUUCGGAUGCCGAGCUCUGCUGCGAUGCCAUCGACGCGAGUCGCAUCGAUGGCGUAUCACCGAUAAACCCCGCAGGACGCGCGCGGCGUCCUGAACCUCGCCGGCAAACAUUUACGACAUUGGCCGCUCGAUCGGGACGUCUGCGCGAAGGUGCGCGAAUCCCUAGAACAGGACGAGGGCCUAGACGCCUACGUCGACGACGCCCAAAAAGCCUCAAGGACGGCGCGCGUCAAGAGUAUUGAUAUCUCAGAGAACGCCCUGUCCGAAUUACCGGAGGCGUCGUGUCUGCUGGCUCUAGGUGAUAGUUUGCGAGAGCUGAAGUGCGCGCGGAAUCGCCUACGCCAACCACCUUUGCUGAGUUUGGCCAAUGUCCCGCUCAAGGUGUUGGACGCCUCGCGCAACGAAAUUACCAAUGAUGACGCCGACACGCCGCUGCCGGACGCGUGUGCCCUCGCGAGGAAUCUGUCCGAGCUCGACAUGAGCGGCAACCGGUUGAUACGCAUUCCCCGAUCUUUAUUUGGCUUGCAGGCUUUGAGAAGUGUCACCCUGGCUCGGAAUGAACUCUCGGGCGACUUAGGCCGGGGCUGGGCUUCACUAUUAGCGCUCGAGACGCUGAACCUGGCCGACAACCGACUAGGAGCUCUAGGUGAUGUUCAUAAAGCCCCAGUCCUCCGAACGUUGGAUCUGGGCAACAAUUGUUUGCGGAGCGUCCCGCCCGAGUUGGGAUUAUGCGACUGCCUGCGCUCCUUGAUCCUGCACGGCAACCCGCAGCGCGCCAUCCGCGCGGAAACGCUGCCAAAGGAUACGCUCAAAGUACUAGCACGGCUGCGCGACCGGUUACCCAUGGAUGUCGUCGAGCGACACAUGAAGCGGGAGGAAGAUCUACAGUCAAUAGAGGACUCGCACGAGUCUUUUGACGAAAGGUAUACCUCCCCGCCGCCGCCGACGGGGCCGCCGCCGAAAACGGGGUAUGGGAGCACGCCACCGCCCCCAGAUGGCCCGCCACCCGUCCUAUCGGACUACGCGCCUCCUUCCGCGGCGGCGCGCCUAUCUUCGGCCGUCGACAAUAGAGCAUGUCGAGCGAUGGCCUGGUCGCCGGCACCGGGCCAGGGCCGCGCGAUGGCCUGGAGCCCCCAGGACGGCCAGACGAUCGAGCGAAAGAAGAAGCCUCUACCAAGGGAGAAGAAACGGAAACCUUUCGAGUCCGUGCGAGCGCCGCGGCCGGUCUUAUCAUUACCGUCGCCGGUCCUAGGGAAAGGCGUGCUACCGCGCCAGUCGCCUCGGACAGAGGAGAAGAAGGAGCUGAAACCCAGCAAUCGGCCGCCCGCGAUUGGAAGGUCGUCCAAACCGUCGAUCGCGCCCGAGGACACCAUUACGUUGAAAGGUCUCAACGAGCGCGUGUCUUCCUUGGAUGCUCGUUUAACCGAAGAUGGGGCGUCGCUGUCGCAAGCGAAAGUCUACGCCCUGAAGAAGCAGCUGGCGCGCGCGAAGGCCGAUAGAAUUCGGUUCGAGCGGCAGCUCGCGGCGGAGCCGGACACGUAACUUUACUAGUAUGUA